AUGUGGUACCCUUCUGCAUUUAGCAUGCUGGUCGCUGCCAACGCUUUCAGUAUUAUGGUAGCGAUGGGAGGACAGGCUGCAAUUGAUUGGUUCACGACGCGAUUCAGCCAGAAUCUUGCAGACCUGAAGCGCAUCAACGCUAUCACACUACAUCUGGACGUGCCUCUCGGACCGGAAAUGCGGCAGCCACUUUUGACAUUUACCAAUAAUUUCCUCAGAACUUCGUCCUACGAGACACAUAAAAUUGCGGUUGCGCUCGCGAGGCUUGGGUGUGUUAUCACCCUUUCUGAUGAGCUGGAGUCGCUCCGUAAGAAGCCUUUUAACGAACCGAUAUUCUAUGGACCUUGA